UGUUCCACAUUAUUGAUGAUCCGGCUAAAAGGAGAGAAAAAUAUUUUCAUAUGUGUGUGGCGAAACGCUUUGGAGCUUUCAAGUCCAGGUUAACGCGGCGUUGGAUAACUAAGAAAGAAAAAAUGCCGAAACAUCAGACAAAUGACAUGCCUUGGGACAUCUACCAUCAAAUCACAGAGGAUGAUUGGAAAACAUUUGUGAUAGAACGAAACAAGCCGGAGAUGUUGGUUCGUAGAGAAAAAGCAAGUAAAAGUGCAUUACAAAACAAGCACCCACAUCGCACAGGCCAAAAGGGUUAUGUUAGAAAGAGACCAGAGUGGAUAAAUGAUGGGCGACUACCGCCAGAGGCAGCUUUAACCCUCUCAAGUGGCUCCUCCUCAGUGACCUCAUCACUCACCACAGCGCCAGAUAGAUUUAAGAAGUUUAGAUCAGUAGAGUGGAUCUUGGCUCAUCAAGUUAAAAACAAAGAGGGAAAGUGGGAAGUUGACCCGAAUGAUAAAGAAGCCGUAAAUAUUGCUAAGAUGGCUUUGGAGUACAUAGAAGAAGAGGGAAAAGGAAAUAUUUCAUUCACCCAGGGAGAAGAUGCCCUCACCAAGGCUAUGGGAAAAAAGGAUCACCGUGGGCGUGUCAAGGCAACAGGUGGAGUUAAUGUCGGUUACAAAGUUGCUUUCGGUCCAAUAGACCGAAGUAGUAGAUGUGGCCAUAUUGAACCAUCACCGGAGGCUAUCGAAUCAAUCAGAGCUUCGGUGAGAAGGGAGUUUGAAGAUCAAUUAGAGAGAAAGGUGGCGGAGGCCCUCCAAAACCAACUAGCCACAUUGAAAGCAACCGGUCAACUACACACCCUCUCUACCCCCGCACUUGAUUCUGCUCUUGUAAGUGAUGAGUUUGAUGUUAACCGUGCACUCGUAACCUGUUGUCCGAGUUCAUCGCAGCAACCACGCGAGCUGAAGGCCAUAACUCCAUGUCGUCUUGCCCUUGAGGAUAAAGUUUUGGGUAACAAAGUGAAAGUGGCAGAUGGUAUGGCGUACCCAUUGGAUGGUUCGUUGCACCAACACUUUAGAUCGAUGAAGCCUAGUCAUUAUAAGGUCCAAGUUGAUUGUAUUUACGACGGACAUGAUGAUGACACUCUUCCGGUACCUACUGGAGAUGGAUUCAAUAACUUAGGCAGGGCUCUUGCUAGUUUUGUGCAAUGGCCAAUUCACUUGGUGAUUUUCGAAGAAGACGAGGAGUACUCUACUCCACGCCCAACAAAGAAGUCCAGGAGUCAGAUUUUUGAAGAGGUGGUUGGUAGCUCCAAAGAGAAGAAAAACGAAUUAAUUGUCAAAGAGAAGACAACAGAAUUAGUUGUCAAAGAUAAGACAACAGAAUUAAUUGUCAAAGAGAAGGCAACACUUGAUUUAGGGUCCAAAGAGAAGACAACACUGAAGUUAACGGCCAAGGAAAAUUCAUGCUCAAAUAAGUUGGAGUCGAAAUCGAAGUCGAAGAACUCUAAGACGGCCAAAGAGAUGGUAGGUAGUUGUGAUCGUAAAACUGAAGAAUCAGCCGCCAAAAGUAAGAAGCAAAAUUUGGCAGACGACACAAUUCAAGGUCUUGGCCCAUCAUGCAAUUAUUUGAAGUUUAUCAUCAAUACGGCGCCCGGUGAUGUAUAUAAAAAUACUUCAAUCCCAUUGCCCGCUUCGGUUUGGCAUUAUGACGAAGAUCGACAAACUUAUGUAAAUGAGGUUGACGUUGAAGAGUUCCUUAGAGGGGCGUGCCUCAACAUUUCAGUGAUCCAAGUCUAUAUGAUGUGUUUAUUCCACGAACACACCUUUGCAUUUGACAACUCUCAGAUUGGGUUUGUUUGUCCCGAGGAAAUGUCAAGCUCUAGAAUCAAGGCCAACCCUCAGGCUGCAUCAAUGUAUUUGAAAGUAGUUUUCAAUGCUGAAAUUGAAAAGGAGAAGAAGGGUGAUCCUAACAUUACCAAGUGGUUUUUGAUCCCAUACCAUCAAGAGUAA